AUGGCCUCAUCAUCAGAGCUCUUCCUCCACGACCACCCCGUCUCCUCCUACGCCCAAAAGAUCCGCAUCGCCCUCCGCGAAAAGAACCUCCCCUUCCGCCAACAAGUCCCCCCCGGCCUCGGCUCCGGCCAGCCCAUCCCGUCUCUCCAGUCCGCUAACAUCCGCCUCGAAGUCCCCGCCCUGGAAGACGGCGACCUCAAGAUCUUCGACUCGACCAUUAUCCUCGAGUACCUUGAGGACAAGUACCCCACGCCCGCGCUGCGCCCUGCCUCGCCACCUGCCCGCGCGCGGUCCCGCAUGAUCGAGGAUGUCUGCGACACCACGUACGAGGCCAUCAACUGGGCGUACGGCGAGGUUACGUGGUUCAAGCGCGCCGAGGGCGAGCUCAAGGAUAAGAUGAUUGCGCAGGUCCAGGCGCAGACUAAGACGAUGCUGCAGUGGCUGACGGAGCAGCUGGGCGCCGCGGAUUACUUUGAAGGUGAGGCCUUUGGGUAUGCGGAUGUCUGUGUGGCGCCGAUUGUCAACCGUUCGGUGUUUUACGGGUUUGGGCCGGAGGAAGGGUCGCCGCUGCAAAAGUGGCAUGCGCGUGUGAGCGAGCGCGAGAGCGUUAAGAAGACGUUUGAGGAGAUGCUGGAGGGGACGAAGAUUAUGGCGGGUAGAAUGGCGGAUGGGUUCUCGAGCGGUGGGUUCCGCAGAGAGUAUCGUGACCACCGCCUCGAAUUUAUGGUUAAGUCGGGGGGUGUGGAUAUUGUGCUGGAGGGUAUUAAGAAGAAUACGAUUCGCUUUGGAUGGCCUGAAGCUGAGUAA